AUGCCCCAGCUGACACUGGUGCCCCAGGCCCUCAUCUCCCUGGUGGGCCUCCUCCGGCUGCUCCAGGUGGUCCUGUGCUGUGUCACCUUCAGCCUGGCUGCCUCAGGCCCCAGCUUGGACUCCCCAUUUGGCGCAUGGUGUUUGUGCUCCUGGUGCCUCUGUUUCUUGCUGUCGCUGGCCAUCUUGGUGCUGGAGCUCCUGGGCUUGGGUCCGCAGCUGCCACUGUCCUGGGAAGACUUCACUUCGUCAGCAGCCAUGCUAGCCAGCUUGUUGACCUUCACGGCUUCCAUCAUGUAUCCCAUCAUCUUCGUACCACUGGCCCCAAGCGGCUGGUCCCACACGGCGGCAGCCACGGCCACAGCCCUGUCCUGUGUGUGUUUUGUGACUUAUGCUGUGGAGGUGGGGCUGACCCGGGCCAGGCCGGGGCAGCUCCGGGGCUUCCUGUCCACUGUGCCCGGCUUGCUGAAGGUGUUUGAAGCCUACGUGGCGUGUGUGAUCCUGGCCCUGGUGGAUGUGGACCACAUGUAUGCCAACAACCCAGGAUGCCAGUGGUGCAUGGCUGUGUUCUGCCUCUGCUUUGGGAUGGCCCUGCUGAUCAUAGGGCUCACCAUCGGCCAGUGUCUGGGCUCCCUGCCAUGGCCUGUGGAUCGGGUCCUCCUGGCCCUCACAGGUUUGGCUUCACUGCUCUAUCUGUCCGCUGCCAUCACGUGGCCCAUCUUCAUCUUCAAGCCACCCCUCUCGGGAGGUCAGCGGAAGAGCGCAGCAGUGGGAGCGACGGUCCUCACCUAUGCCAACCUCCUGGCCUACGCAGCCGACCUCUUCUUCUCCGGCCGGAUGGUGUUCUUCACGCAGUCCACGUAG